GGAACUGUUGAUUUCAGUGCUCAAAAUGAAUCUUAUUCUACUUGUUAUAAUGUUAGGCAUGCUUUGUAGAGGUUUCUGUGUACAACUACUGGAGAUGCAACCAAUAAACAGUAGUCCCACUGCUGCACCUUUGGGCUGCCAUCGUCGCUUAUACACCUACCGAGUAACGCAAGUCGAUGCUAAAGGACGUGAGUGUUGGGACUAUGUUAGUGUUAUGUCAUGUUGGGGGCGUUGUGAUUCAAGUGAAAUUUCCGACUGGAAAUUCCCUUACAAGCGCUCAUAUCAUCCGGUCUGCGUACAUGCGUCUCGACAGCCAGCAGUAGCGGUACUACGAAACUGUCAUCCUGAAGCUGGCGAAGAGGCUCGCCGAUACGAGUAUAUGGAAGCUGUGAGCUGCCACUGUCAUACUUGCUCGUCACUGGACACAAGCUGUGAAGCACCAGCAAAUAACAUGUUAGACGACAAAUCGGGUGUAAAAGUUUUAGCUUUAACAGGUUCUGAUUCGGACGGUUUGGAUUAUUAGUUGAACAAUAUUAUGAAAUUGACAGACAGAUGAAAUCAAUUGUAAAUAAUUUAAAUUGCAAAAAUAAGUCAAUAUUAUUUUUAUUAUAUUUUUUAAUUUUUAUUAAAUAUUUUAACUAAAUUAUCGUAUUGGCAUAAGCAUUGGAGCUGA